AAAGCUCUGAGCCAAACAUGGAGGUCAUGAUUCCUGCCGUUUAAAAACACAAACGAAUCGCCAUCGCGAUAAGAAUUUGCACACGCUGCGUGACGUGACACUGGCAACCACUUGAAGACGGAGCCCUGGACCCGGAGCUGUGCUGAGGUGUGAAGAGGCACCAUGGAGGAGCUUCACAGCCUGGAUCCCAGGAGGCAGGAGCUGCUGGAAGCACGUUUUAUGGGCGGGGUUGGUGGGAGCACAGGAGGCAGCACCUGCAGCACAAGUGCAGGUACCAAAGGAUUGACCAAUAAUGAAUGUUCAAAUCAGAGCUUUGGAAGUCUAGGAUCCUCCAGCGAUAAGGAGUUAGAGACUCCGGAGAAAAAACAGUCUGAAGCAGCCAGAGGCAGAAAAAGGAAACCUGAGACCCAGUCAGAGAGCAGCCAAGGAAAGUCGGGCGUUCGAGGACCCAAAAUAAGUGACUAUUUUGAUUUCCAAGGUGGAAAUGGGUCCAGUCCUGUGAGAGGUCUCCCUUUAGUGCUGCGCUCACCCCAGAACUCACAUUCCCACUCUGCUCAGGGCACCGCUGUUAGACAAAAUUGUUCAUCUCCCACCUGUCUGUCGUUUGGGGACCACAUAAUGCAUCCAAAGCAUCUAGCAGCCAAAUUUGUCCAGACUGACCUUACAAUGCUGAAACUGGCUGCUCUCGAAAGCACUAAGAAUUUAGACCUUGAGAAGAAAGAGGGCCGAAUAGAUGACUUACUAAGGGCAAACUGUGAUCUCAGGAGGCAGAUAGACGAGCAACAAAAAUUACUUGAAAAGUACAAGGAACGUUUGAAUAAGUGCAUCACCAUGAGCAAGAAGUUGCUUAUAGAGAAGAGCACACAGGAGAAGCAGGCCUGUCGAGAGAAGAGCAUGCAGGACCGACUACGUUUAGGCCAUUUCACUACAGUGAGACACGGAGCCUCAUUCACAGAGCAGUGGACCGACGGCUACGCUUUUCAAAACAUUGUCAAGCAGCAGGAUCGGAUAAACCAACAGAGAGAAGACAUUGAAAGGCAAAGAAAACUUCUUGCCAAGAGGAAGCCUCCAUCUUCCAGCAGCUCCCAAGCACCAGCCACAAACUCUGAGUCUAAACAACGCAAAACCAAGGCCGUGAACGGAGCGGAAAGCGAUCCCUUUCUGAAACCCAGUCUACCUCAACUGCUGACACUGGCAGAGUACCACGAACAGGAAGAGAUCUUCAAACUGCGACUGGGACACCUGAAGAAGGAAGAAGCUGAGAUCCAGGCAGAGCUGGAGCGUUUAGAGAGGGUCCGCAACCUUCACAUUAGAGAGCUGAAGAGAAUAAAUAAUGAAGACAGCUCCCAAUUCAAGGAUCACCCAACACUGAAUGAACGGUAUCUGCUCCUGCACCUUUUAGGAAGAGGCGGCUUUAGUGAAGUUUACAAGGCUUUUGACUUGAUUGAACAGCGAUAUGCUGCAGUGAAAAUUCACCAACUCAACAAGAACUGGCGAGAAGAAAAGAAGGAGAACUAUCACAAACACGCAUGUCGAGAGUACAGAAUACACAAGGAGCUGGACCACCCCCGGAUCGUAAAACUUUACGACUACUUCUCAUUGGACACAGACACGUUUUGCACCGUGAUGGAGUUCUGCGAAGGCAAUGACCUGGAUUUCUACUUGAAGCAGCAUAAGCUAAUGUCAGAGAAAGAGGCGCGCUCCAUCGUCAUGCAGAUAGUCAACGCGCUCAAAUACCUAAAUGAAAUCAAGCCUCCCAUUAUUCAUUAUGACCUUAAGCCAGGGAACAUCCUGUUGGUGGACGGCACGGCCUGUGGAGAGAUAAAAAUCACAGACUUUGGUCUUUCCAAAAUCAUGGAUGACGACAACUAUGGAGUGGAUGGAAUGGAUCUGACAUCACAGGGCGCAGGAACCUAUUGGUACCUGCCACCUGAAUGUUUUGUGGUCGGUAAAGAACCUCCCAAAAUCUCCAAUAAGGUGGACGUGUGGUCAGUGGGCAUCAUUUUUUUCCAGUGUCUGUAUGGAAGGAAGCCUUUUGGCCACAACCAGUCCCAGCAGGACAUCCUGCAGGAGAACACCAUCCUCAAAGCUACAGAGGUCCAGUUCCCCGUGAAGCCCGUCGUCAGUAACGAAGCCAAGGCCUUCAUCAGAAGGUGCCUGGCGUACAGAAAGGAGGACCGGAUUGACGUUCACCAACUGGGAAGUGACCUCUACCUGCUUCCUCACAUACGAAGAUCAAGUUCGUCUGGGAAUCUACAGAUGAGCGCGGCUGGCUCGGGCCUAGCCUCCUCCAGCAUAAUCUCAAACUGACACUUGUUAGAAAACAUGUCCGGACAGCAGACUCUCAGAGGCUUGGACUUAAAGAAAAGGAAAAGUCACACAGAACUUUCGAAUGACCUCCUGACCUGUACCGAGCUCCGCUUGUACAAGAGGGCUUUCAACAACCGAUGGACAGUGAAGGGACGUUUUAAGGACACGGAGAAACGGAUCGUUUUAAGGGUCCGGCGAAAGCACUGAAACAGACUAUGUACCAUGAAGAAAAUGUGAUUGGACGCUCUGUCAGAUGGAUAAAGCCUUAAAGGGCCGAAGGGAGAUUCAGGAGCCCGCAAUUUAGUUGAAAUAUUUUCCUCCAGGAUGCAAAUGACUCCGCUGCUAGAAGUGAAUUUACUGUGAGAAGACCGUUAAGUAGAACUGCAAAGAUUUUUUUUCUUUUUUUCCCUCCCCCUUGAUUUGGGUAACUUUUGUUUUCCCCACAAAUCUUAGGAUUAAAUUUGAGUUACUUUAGCCAUGGCAAAUGUAAUGUGUAGCAUACAGGUAGGGUGGAGCAGCAUACUAAAUGCACAAAGUAACCAAAUGUAGGAAAAAAAGUGAUGUAUAAAACCCUAUGCAGGAAUAAUAAUUGAUCAAUUGGAAAGUGCACAUGCUGUAUAGAGGAAUUUUCGGAUUCUGAGCUGCAGCAUUGAUGUGUUCAAAGAUUUAAAUGUUUCCCAACACAGUUUUGGAGUGGU